AUGUUUUUUGCAGAACUGGAUGUGCGAGCUGGUUACUUACCGUGGAUGUUUCCGUCACCUGAAUUGGUUCUGAAACGAGUGCAUGGCUCGAACGUAAUGAGAUUGUGAUCCUCGCUCGAAUUACGAAUCAUUCGAAUGGACAGGGUGAGAAAAGAUAGUCAGACGGGACUCUGGAAAGAGCGGUAGACUAACGAAACAGUGGAACAGAAACAAUUGGAAAGUAAAAGGUGACAGAAUAGCGAAAAGAAUAAUUUACCAACGAACCAGUGACUGCCUAUCGUGUUGCAUAGUUUCAUCAUUGCAUAGUGGCCGUAAUGUGCAUGCGUGCAACGUGCACGUGAACGAAAAGGACAACAUAGAAACAUGGGUUAUCUGCGCGCGCGCGCGCGCGGUUCUCCCGCGAAAAUGCGAUACGCGAGGUUAGUACUCGUCGCGUGAUCUCAAAGUAGUGUGCGUUCGCUUGCGAAGCGCGUGUAACGCGGCAAUUUCUCAUACAUUUCUCGGUAAAACUGUGUAAUACGAUGGACAUGUAAAAUUAUAAUAUUCGAAGUUACGUGCGUUAUUAUACAAGUGAUCUUAUGCUCCUGUUGGUUAUCUGUAAUUGCCAAGAAUCUGAAAGUAUAGCGGACAAUCUUCAGUAGGAAGCAGACUUUUAUUUCAACAAUACCACGGUAAGAUCACAUACAGUGUCCUGUGUUUCAUUUUCAUACAUUUUCAUUCUUUUUCUCUCCCUUAAUCACGAGUAUUGAGCAUACCUGAAAGUAACUAUCAACUUCGCGGCUAUUCAUUUGAGCACAACAUAUUUCUUAAAUUGUCGGUUUCCGUGCAUGAUAAGUAAGUCGGAGUUCUCGUACAUAUUUUAUAUAUAAUGCCAGAUGCAUUUCAGUUGGUGCCAAUUUUCUUAAAAACAAUGUGUCGCAACCGUUUGUUUCGUCUGAUUUUUAUCUUGAAAAAAAAAAAAAAAAACGAUACGCUUUUUUGUAGCUGCGCACGUAUUCGAAUCGAUUCUCUCCUUCAUUUGUACUGUACAUCCCGUGACAAUUACAUUUGAAUAAUUAAUUGAAUUACUUACAUUUGAAUAAUUCUCCCUUACUUGUAACAUUGUAGUUUAUGCAGUAAACUAAUUUAACCUGUAAAUACAGUUUCAAGAAAUUGUAAGAUUAACUUAAACAUAUUUAAUUAAUUUUCUUAAUAAUAAUUUCGUAAUACUCUGUAUAAUAUUCCACAGUAAUAUUUUAUCUCAUUACAGUAGAUUAAAAAUUUUGGUAAAUAAUAUUAUACUAUACACAUAUAUUUGACAAAUAAUAUUAUUGUAUUUGCAUUUCUAUGAGAUAAAAAGUUACACACAGAUGACAUGUUUAAUUCUUGCAUUAUUUAUUGUUUAACUAUAACUUUGAAUCUCUUCCUACUAAUCACUUGAUACAGCUUCUGCAAAAAAUAGUUCUUGAUACAUGUAUGCUAUAUCAUGAAUUACAUACGUAUACGUAAAUAUGUAUUGCAUCAUCAUGCAUAAGUCUACUGAAUGCAUGUGCAUAAGAAUUGCAUUAAUUAUAAUGCAAAAUGACUGCGUCAUUUUUGCACUUUGUCGUGCGGACAGUUUCAGUGUAUGCGCGUAUGCUUGUAACAAAGUUAGUCGAUGAAUAAAUUGAUUUGUAGUAAAAUCAUAGCUCGUGGCAUGUUUUUCCGAUCUGAUGUUUUUACAAUCACAAAAUUGAAAAUUUAACAGAAAGAUAAAUAAAUGAAAACUCGAGCUGACGGAUUUAUCCCUAGGCGACGUAAAAUGUUUAGAAAGCGUUGCUUCUUUCUCGUUUUCCAAAUUAUUUAGUCAAAAUAUAGUAGCGUCAUCAAUGUUAUUUGCAGAUAACAAAUUAAUCACACGAAGAUCUUCAAUCGAUUCGGUAUUAGCAAUCACAAGUAGAUAUAACUUAUAAAAAUGAAAUAAUACGCGAUCAAAUGAGGGAUUUCAAAAUAAAGUUAUCGAGGAAACUUUUUGAAAAAAGGAUAUAGGUAUAAUAUACAUUCCUAUUACACGUGUAUGCCAAUACAUAUAUACGCCGAGCGAGGAACACUUUUAACAGUUUCCUAUCUACAAUCGAAACCGUGAUUCUUUUAGCUCCGUUAACGAGCUAUCUUCCAUAAAAUGUUUGCUGGUGAACAUUUUUCUUAUUGUUUAUAUAUCGUAUGGACCACACUAAACGUUAUUAAAAGCACAGCCGAGAGAAGAAGAACGAUUAAUCAUGGUCUUGUCGGAACGAAGCGAGAAUCUGCAGAAUGAGGUGCCUAACAUGGCGUAACAUUCUAUUUGUUGGGCCUGAGUGAGUGAGAAUGCGAUCUUCCGAUAGUGUUCGAUCUUCACGAUGAAGGUCCAUUCGAAGGGAAAAGAAAAGAAGGAGGGAAAAAACGAAAGAAUUAAGAACGAAAGAAUUAAACUGGUCGAUACAAAAGAAGAAAAUGAACGAACAAAGUGUCGGACUCGUAUUUCGUUCGAAAUUGGCCGAUACGUUUUGACGUUGCGAAAGGAAUCAAAAAGAAGCGAACAUAGCCGAUGAGAAGACAGAGCACGUUUUCGCUAAACGUGCAUUAACACAUGUGUUUCGAUAAUGUAAAAUCUAUGAUAUAUUUUAGUCGCGUACUAAUAACAUAGACACGUUGUUUGUUAUCCCAGUUAGGAUUUAUUAUUUGAUAAGAAUUAUUUUAAUUUAUAUCCUGCCAUAGGCAAGAAAUUAUGUAAAUCGUGUAGUAUGGCGACUAUAAACGCGUGAAAAACCAGAGUACGAGCAGUUAAAAUGAAAUCUAGAACUGAACAGAAAUAUUUUAUUGCACAUCUAUAUAUAAGUUUAAUCUUAAUUGUAAUUCAGUUUAUCAGUUUACUAGCGUCAAUUUUUUUUUUUUUUUUUUUCAAUGAAAGCGAUAAUGUAGAAUGGAAUAAACGAUCAACUUUUUACAGACAAGUGUAGAAUGUAUGCGAGUAAAGUAAUCAAUACAAUGUCUUUAUCAAUUCAAUACACUUGUGCUAAAGAUUCUAGAAACUUCGUACUAACGUAACACAUGAUUUUCUAAAGUCAAAAUAUUCGCGCAACCGGAUUGAAAGUUUGCACUCUUAAAUAUGCAAAUAUGCCUUUAACUUGCUUGUAUACCAGUAGUUAUCGAUCCAUAUCGAGGAAAGUACGACUAGCAUGCAUUCUGUUACUUCGUUCAAUAUGCGAUAAAAUAUCGUUUGAUUUCGCUAUCGAGAAGAAACAAUUGCAUUAAACGUUAAUUGUACUCACGAAAUCGCGAGAAAAAUGGAAAUUUAGCUUCAAAGCUAACUUGUGGAAUAUGAACGCAAUCUACAUUUAGUCGAUGUAAUUAUUGUCUUAAUGAUUUCGCGACUUGCUUUGAAAUAUCUGUUCUAUCUAUGAAAUAUUUGUUCUAGAAAGAUAAAUUCAAAAAGCGAGUAGUAGAAAAUAAAAAGACGUUAGUCGUUUUAAUGUGAACUGGUUUUAAACGAAAUUAUAAAAUAUAUACGAAUGAUGCAACGAAGUCAAUAAAUUUUAAAAUUAUUAAAUACGGAAUAUUGAGUCAUCUUGAAAGAUUGGUUGGUGAAGUGCAAAGUAAAUAUCAGAUUAAAUAACUAUCUCGUUUAAUCAUUUUAAAAAUGAUCGUGUACUCUGUAAGUGUUCUAGUCAAAACUUUGAUAUAACUUGACACUUGACUACGUAAGAUAAAUUUUUUGUUAUAUUUAAAGAUAAAUAGUUAAAGACAUUUACUUACAUUAUAUUAAAUAAGACUUGAAUUAAAAAAGAAAAGUUUAUUCGCUUAAAUAUCUUAACUUCUAUUGUUAAUCGUAAUUUUCAUAUUUUAUAGAUAAUAAGCCCAAAGUCCUUCUCACUUUUGUUAUAAUUAUACAAAGUAACCAAUGUUAGCUAUAAAAUAUCUUUCUAUAUAGUUUAUAUUUAUAUUUCAAACUAUCAUUGAUUUAAUCCAGUGUAUCUUUUAUAUUUUAUUUCCAUUCAAGAUUCAUUCAAAAUGACGUAUCGCUCGAGUAACUAUGAUGUGUGUUACAUUAUUGUUUCUAUGUUACGUGUAUAUUAUUCAUAUCUGUAAAACAGAAUUAAGAUCCGAAACUCCAUCUUCGCUGAAACAACAAUGAGGAACUUUGUUACAGAAUGUUUCCAGCAAAUGCCAAUUUCUAGAAACAUUGAAGCACUGAAGCAACACAUAAUCUGAGAAACAUUUCGAUUUCCAAUAGUUUAUCUAUGCGUUCUGCGUCGGAUGACAAACCUUACAGAUUAGACGGGCAUUUGUUUCUUUUGUUGUCACAUAUUUCUUAAUCUCACUAUCUAUCUUACAAUUUUUCUGUCUAGAAAUCUAGAAUUACAGAGUAUUGUUGUAGGAAACGAAACAUUACUUUUCACAAAUGUUUCACCAUAAAAAAUAAGAUGUUAUGAAAAGUUGAAAUAUCGGUUCAAGAUAUCUUUGGCAGAAAUUACGAAGGCAAAUAUAUUGGCUCUCGGAUACUAAGGUAGUUAAUUUAUUUUUACUGGCUCGGAUGGAAACGGACAACAUUUGUUACUGAUAACAGAAAUACGAAUGAAAUCUGAGGGAACGUUCGACAAUAAGAGAUAUAAAACAUCAAUGAAAAGAUCCUCAAUGCUGUAUGGUGAGGAUACAACUUAAGAACCCGUUUAUCUGUUCUCAUAUAAAAGUUUAGGGCCUGUACUUAAUAUACAAGUGGUCUCAGAUUUCAGCCAAAGAUUCUGUCAAACUCUCUACUUAAUAAUACUUUGUUCGGCUGUAUAACAUUAACACUAUAUUCCUUUGAUAAAUCACUGUCUGCCGUUUCCAUUAACCGUUUAUAAAUUCUGGAAACAUAUUCUUAUUAUGCAAGCUUUGCGUUUGGUCUUCCCCUGUAUAUUUUGCCACUCAUCUGUCGAAUUUUUUCCACCUUGUUCUAUUAAAUGAAUAGUGUGACGAAGAUAUCGCUUCUCAGAAUUCACCAUUUUCAAAAGCAGUGCAAAGGUGAAAAAAACAGAUUGCAUGAUAAAUCACAGUGAUCACUUUUGGUCUAUUUUAUAAACUUGUAAUUUUUUUGGGAGAAUUUUUUUUGGAGUAAAGUUACAAAUACAGCAGUUUUUUGAUUGUGAUUUUGCUACAAAAUUGAUUAGUUUCAAGUACUAAUUUUUUUUAAUACUGAUUUUGUUUGAAUUGUUCGUUAGGAUGGCUCCGAAAUAACUUUGUUCUAUAAACUAUUGAAUGAUUAAUUAUCGGAGUACCGAUAAAUAAUUAAUGAAUUUGAGAAUGACUUCUAACAAGGAUUAUAGGAAAAUAUAAAGUCUAAGAGAAUUUUUCAAAGGCUAUUUUCAUUCAAUGUCAAUAUUUAUGAAAUAUGUGUCUGUAUAGUGUCUUCCAUUUUUGUAAUAUUAUAAUUCUCUCAUAUGGAAGAAAAAUUAUUUCACUGUUUGUAGAAGUCAGCACAGAUAAUAAAUAUAGUUGGGUAGAAUAACAUAAGUACACAACAGAACGACAAAUUUUCUUGUGCCAGGUUUUCAGUUCAUUUUCAAUGGAUCUUAUUUAUAAUAGUUAGCUUCGAUAGCUUGAAAUAAAAAUAGACCGCAGACACACAUAGUACGCACAUGGUAUGGAUAAUAAAAAGCAGAUAAUACAGACAAUGGAUAUUCUGAUAACGAAAUUUUUACUACAUCUGAACAACGUAUGUCAUGAUUAAUUCGAGUAACCAGCGUUCUAUUAUUAAUAAAAAAUUCCCUGGCGACUCAAUUGCACAUUUAGCUAUAUAUUAAAAAUACAACUAGUUACUUAUACCUAUAUAUAGACCCAUACUCUGCUCUUCUUGGUUACUACUAACUUCUAAAGUUAGUUGAAUCGUAAUCACGGAAGUACGCUUAUUAUUAUAGUUAGAAGCCUCUACCUUACAGACAAGAGUACUAAAGUAAUAUAAAAGAGUAUUAAGUAAUACAAAAAAAAGUAAAUGAUUCGGAUAAUGUUCAAGCAUCUUUAAUAUUCAACCGAACGACGUUUAAUGGAAGUUUGCAGAAUGUUCUUUCAUCUGGUACAUACGCCUAUUACUAAAUAAAGAUAAAAUUGCUAAGGUUCGAAUGUAAAAGAAAUACCAUGCGUUUAAUGUGGUAAAAUUUUGAGUUGAACGUUUCGCUUAGGUAUAUAGUUUAUCGGAGUUUUUAUCAUUACCAGAUAUUUCAGUGGAAAGUAAAAUGUCCAAUUAAACGAUCUUCCAGUUAUCUCGCAUCGAUGCAGUUAAAAAAAAAAAAAAAAUUCUCGAUAGCAAUGAUCCCAUCGUGUUUGACAGAAUCUGGAUCCUUGACCUGUUGAUUAAUUGAACAGAUUUAGCAUAAUCCGCUAAUAGAUUAGCGACUGGCGAUGAUGCGUUUCUGCAUAAAUAUUGAACGAAAUUGUUAUUAUUGGAUUGAAUCAAAAGUUCUAGUUUUAAACAAAUAUGAAACCCUUAAAAGCCUGAAGGUGGGUAGAAAAACCAAAGUUGCAUUAACCUAACACUUCAUUUGCAACUCCUUUUAGUCAAUUAAUAUUAUUAAAUUUAAUUUUUCAAUAUUUGGGAUAAUUCUGAGGAUUCGCUCGACAUCGAGUCGACUUUUGGUUUUAUACGCAGUUUAAAAUAUACGAAAUUUCUCAAUUUUUUUUCUUUUUCGCCAAAUGGUUCAUAAAUGCUUGAUCUAUCUCUCUGGUUAUCUUAAAAAUAUUAAUUUGAUGUUUCACUGUCUAUAUUGUUCCAGAUAAUUGCCAUUUACCCGAAGCUUUAAUGUUUCACGAAGCCAUCUCACUUAUUUACAUAGACAUUCUUCGUUUUCGUGUUGCAGAAACGUGAAACUCGCGUUGGAUGGGAGAAAACGGUGCCGAGGAUCGGUCCUCCGCGCCUCCAAGCAACGACACAUCAUUUCGACGAAGCACAAGACACACUGGAUAGUCAGUGAAGUGAAAAUCGGAUAUCCUAUAGCGCAGAGUCAUACAUUAAAAUGGCUCUUUGAAGAUUAUUCUUUGUGACGAAAAGGUUACGAAUCGAAGCUUACCUAUGUACCGUGAAGAGAACGAGCAGAACAAAACCGCGAAUCCGGCUGUCCAACGGUCAAUUGAUACGAACACGUUCGAGCAGCAGGAUCAUUCGCAAGACAGCAUGGAGAACGGGGGGAACGAGGCGAGCUCCAAACGGAUGCAAACGGAUGCAUCCUCGUCCACGAACGACACGCCGAAGCGAUGUGCACCGCGCAAUUGCCAACGAUGUCGCAAUCAUCGGCUGAAGAUCACUGUAAAAUCACACAAAAGGUACUGCAAGUACCGAUUCUGCGAGUGCGACAGGUGUAAGGUCACGGCCGAUAAGCAACGGGUGACCGCGAUGCAGGCAAAGCUGAGACGACAACUGGCGCAGGACGAAGUCAAAGUCAGAGUGGCAGACGAGGUGGAUCCACUGCCAUUCGGUGUAGAGAACGAGCGAGUUUCGUCUAUUCCUCCAGCCAGGAGUAUCGAGGGUAGCUACGAUAGCAGCAGUGGCGAUUCACCAGCCAGCAGCCAUGGCAGCAACGGCAUACACACAGGCUUCGGCGGUAUCAUCAGUAUUCCUCCUUCCAGAAAAUUGCCCUCGUUGCAGCCGCAUAUCGGCCACUUGCCGCAGCCAUUAACCAGUGAGUGA